CUGGGCUCCAGGUACGUGUCCCUCAUCUGGCUUCACUUCUAGAAAAUACUGCUUUUAGAGGGGGCAUGGUUUUGACGGAUGCUUUGCAGAAAAAUACCUGUGCAAGAGAGCUGUGGCUCUGUCAUCACGUUGAACAGGGAGCGCUGGUGCCUCUCCCUCACCUCCUGAUUUUGGUGCACCGGCACAACUGGUCACAGCUUUCUGGUCCCACAGUGGGAAUGGGAGUCAUCAGGGGCCCUUUCACAAUGCCCUGCGAUUCAGAUGGGAAACAGGGGGACAGACAUGCUUUGUAGAAGCCCAACUCACUGGCAGCAACCUUUGGGUGGGGCAAGGAGGUGACAUCCAGGCCAGCGUGACAGCUAAAGGGCAUCAAAGAGGUGCUGGGACCCUCCUGUGAUCCAGGGCUUGGCAGGAGGAUGGUGAGGGGGAGGAGGGAUGCACCAGGGCACCCAACAAAUAACCCUGCUUGGAGCUGCCACCUCUGCAGAGGACUUUGGGGUGUCCUCUUUGAAUUCAGCCUCUUGGAGGUAAGUUUAAUGGAGCGGGUGGGUGCACAGAGUUGGCACCCUGCCCCAUGAGCCAAAAUGUUCCUCUCCAGUCCAUGAAUAGACCCAGCUCUUGCUUGCUUUCCCUUUUUUUUUUUUUUUUUUUUUUUUUUUCAGCGUAAAGAACAAGCCCGUUUCUAGUGAUGCUGUGACGCAUGCACUUUCGCAUCGUGCCAGGAAGCUGGAGCUUUGAGAAAGCCAACAAACAUAAUGAGACUUUGUGAUUUAAAAAAAAAAAAAAAAGGAUAAAAGCCCAGAACACAACAGUAACAUGAAAAUGCAGUGUUUGCCAAGGUUCAGACACCAAAAAGCCAGUGGAAAGGUGCUUUUGUUCUUAUUGAUGCCUGCUGUGAAGGGUCUGCUCCCCACAUCUCUUGGGGUUUGGGGUUGGCUGUGGUGAAAUUCUUAAGCUGUAGGAGUUGUUUUCCUGGUAUGUCCGUGUGCAUACCACCUUCCAUGGUCAGAAAUGUGGCUUUCACCUCUGGUGUCCUGCUCUCUCCAAAGAGCAGGGCUUUAAAAUUCCUGGAAAAUUUGCAUCCGUGGGAGAUGGCUGUGAUUGAUGAUGUAAUAUCUGGUGUAGGGAGGGCAGUGAUGGGGAGGCUUAUCUCAUCACGGUCACAUCGGUCAUUUGGCUGGGGGAAAGGAGCAUCAUGGUGGGAUGCCAGCUGGGCUCCAGGUACGUGUCCCUCAUCUGGCUUCACUUCUAGAAAAUACUGCUUUUAGAGGGGGUGUAGCUGAGCUCUGGUGUGGAAGUGCUGGCUGAUGGUGGAGGAGGGAGGGCAACACCCAGCAGGAAGCAUGGGAGGCUCUCAGGGCAGCAUGUGGUGGACCAGAAAGUCAAGGAAAAAUGGCAACACAGAGAGAGGUCCCACACCGUGGGCUGGGGUUGCUCGUCAGUGCAGCCUGGUAAUGGUUAGGCAAACUGUGGGUCUCCAUCACAUCCCAGCUGGGCAGGGGUUGGGGGUGGCCAUCGACUGGUUUCUACAAUACUAAGAGAAAAGGAGAUGUUUGUCAAGGAAGCUGAGCUGCUCUGAAGGGCUGGGCACUUUGGUUGAACAAACCACCUCUUGUCAUCAAGAAAAUGGGGCGCUUGGGCGUGUGGCAACUCUGCCCGAGCUGCACCUGUAAUACCAGGGCAUCUCUGCAUUUAAAACUACAAGCAUGUUAAUGCCAUCAGAGCUUUACACUGCUGUGCUGCUACCCUGAAACACAAAGAACAGAAAUCCAUACACUCCAUUAGAGCAGAAGAGUAAAUUACCUGAACCCAGGGGUCCCAGGAGGAAGUUUGCUAGCCAUACAGCUUUUGUUGUUUCUCUAAAAAAAAAAAAAAAAAAGAAUGAUCCCAUUGUGUAAAAUGACAGGAAUCAGUAUUUUGCCCAUCCCUCUUUCUGUGCGAGGGUAUUCAGGGCUUGGGGAUUGCCCACAAGCCUCUCUCUGGGGAUAGAUGGUUGCAGAUCUGCCAAAUCUUGGACAGCUUCUGAGCCAGCCAGUACCUCCUAAUGGAACUCGGUUUGAUUUACUUGGUCAAAAUGCUCCUUCUGCAUGGAGGAACAGGAUUAGAUGGUUUGUAGUCCAUCUUUCUCAAAAGCACAGAAUAGAGUUUAGAAAUGCGGCAUGUGGCUCAGCUGGUGUUCUAGAGACACCGGGCUUUAAUUAACAUCACUGAGAAGUUCAGAUCCCAACUUUAAUUCCUUUUUGUUUGUAACUGUGAGCUCUGAGGAGUCAACAAAAUUUUGUGUCUUGAACCGAUGUUAUUUUUUUCCCCAGAGCUGGGCUGAAUCCCAAAUACACCUUUGUAAUUGCUGCUUUUCUCUCUUCUACUUGGUACCUGUCAGAACCACCAUCCAACGGACAUUAUAUGGGUGCUCCUUUUCAAAGGUCCCAGCAUCCCCAUGCUACCUCCUGCCGACACUUCCACCUGGGUCCCCAGCCUCAGCUCUCCGCCGACUUCGCCCUGCCUCACGCGGUGCAGCCCCAGCCGGGGCUGACUCCCCACAUGGCCCCCGCGCACCAGCCGCUGGCACCGGUGCCAGCCCUGCCCUUCCAGGACGUGGCCGGACCCUCCUUCCUACCUCAGGCGCUACACCAGCAAUACCUCCUCCAGCAGCAGCUCCUCGAGGCACAGCACCGCCGGCUCAUGCCUCAUCCCAGGCGGGCUCAAGAGCGCAUGUCUGUUCAGCCUCACCGUCUACACCCCAGCUUCGACUUCAGCCACCAACUGCAAACUCCACAACCCAUGGGGCCCCAGCCCAGGUACCUAGCCGAAGGCACGGACUGGGACCUCAGUGUCGAUGCGGGACUGACUCACACCCAGUUCCAGGUCCGGCCAGUCCCUCAGCCCUAUCAGCAUUACUUAGCUACACCUCGGAUGCACCAUUUCCCCAGAAGCACAUCCUCAACACAGAUGGUUGUUCAUGAAAUCAGAAAUUACCCUUAUCCUCAGCUUCAGCUACUCGCUCUUCAGGGACUGAACCCAAGCAGGCACACAUCCGCUGUGCGGGAGAGCUAUGAAGAGCUACUGCAGCUGGAGGACAGGCUGGGCAGCGUGAGCCGGGGCGCCGUCCAGAAUACCAUUGAGAGGUUCACCUUCCCCCACAAGUACAAGAAGAGAAGACCGCAGGAGGGCAAAGGUGAGCAAGAGGAUGGAGAGGAGUCAGACACUGAUGAGAAAUGCACAAUUUGUCUGUCCAUGCUUGAAGAUGGAGAAGACGUCAGGCGGUUGCCCUGUAUGCAUCUCUUCCACCAAGUGUGUGUGGACCAGUGGCUGGCCACCAGCAAGAAGUGCCCGAUCUGCAGGGUGGACAUUGAAACACAGCUCGGCUCGGACAGCUGAAAGGACUGGCUGGACACACCAUUUUCCUUACCAGGUCGUAUGGCCAUAAACCCUUGCAGCAAAAUUUUUGCCUUCUGAGCCAUUUGAUUGAGAGGAAAAGUCUGCAGGCACGUUAGUGAGGAGGAGGAGGAGGUGGCGGUACAAUAUCUAGAGUUAGGAGAUAUUGCACAUACGCAGGAUACGGGCCCGGUGAAAGGGAGCUGGCAUUCCCGGAGCUCAGAGACCCCGUGCUGCAGAAGAUUUAGUGUUGAACAUGAAGGAACUAGUUGUGGUAGUCUGGCCUGUCAAUCCUGCAUUUCAUGAGGAUUGUAUAUAUACCUCUCGAAUACGUAGAAACAUGUUAGGGGUCCUUUAGCUAUUUCUAUGGAUGGCAGCUGGAGCAUGUUAGCUUAAGAAAUGUUGUGUUUGAUGCCCUACUCAUCUUGUGGUGGACAUGUUGCUGUUACCUAAUUUGCACCAAAUAUUUUUUCAUAGAUUCCUUAUUUUGGUGCCUGAUUAAUACAUUACAGAAGGGGAAUAAAGAUGCCAAACUUUCCCACCCUUGGGGGGGAAGAGGCAAAAAAGCAAAAUCCUGUUUACAGUCAGAAAGGUUGGGCUCUUUGCCUCAGCCGCAUGUUCUUCCUCUCCUUGCGUUUGCAGUGUGUUUCAAAUUUAGAGAAGCUUAAAAAAAAAAAAAAUUGGAAAUGAAAUGAAUGAAGCAAUAAGAAGAAGCUUCAUUCCUGCUUAUCUGCUGGUGCUGGACACUUUCUGUAGGGGCACAAUAAUGGGGUAGAUGCUCUUCCUUUUUUUUCUGUACCCUAAUGAAGUAGCUUGGCAUAUCAAAAUCCAAGGAAGGGCUGUCUUCUUGUUUGCUGUUGUCCAUGAUGCUUUCUCCUGUGAGCGGUGACGCUGGCUGGCUUCAGCACUGAUCCAAAACGAUGGUUCCUGGAGUCAGUGUCUGUAGCUGUGCUCUGGGGUAUAAUAAUGCCAGAGAGGAGCUAACAGAUGUAUGCCACCAACUCCCCUCCCAUGCAAAAGCAUCUCUGAUAACAGGAUGGGAGAAAACUCCCGAUGCUCACAAGGCCCUGCUGAGGCCAUGAGCAUUUCAGUGUGGGAGGGGAAGGCAGGUUGGAAGCAGGAUUUGGUUCUUUUCGGAGGGGCUGGGUUGUGACCCUGCCUCGAAACACAUGCACCUGCACCCACAUGUGUUUGUAUACAUGUUUCAGGCUGUAUCUGUACGGCUGCUUUGAGCCUGGAGGAGUGAGAUGUGGUGAUCCCUGAAAUAAAGACCUCAGCAUGCCAGCUGCAGGGACCAAACUGAAAACCCUCCGGAGAACCAAUAUUCACAACUAGCCCCCUUUUUUUCUUUUUAAUUUAAAAUGCUUGCUUUUUUUUUUGUUUUGUUUUGUUUUUUUGGAUAGUAGGAGAGCAAAAGAGGGACACAUGGGAGCAAGGGGAAUUAGUCAGGAACACUAUAUAUUGAAAACGCUGAUGCGAUGGGGAUGGUUUCUGGCACCCCUGAGCUUCCAUUUCACUGGAGUCAAGUGAUGCUCUCCAAGUAGAAACAAUCAUAAAUUACUAUCUGAGAGAUGGUAGGAUUCCCGUGAGCCAUAAUUUGAAAACAACCUCAGAGGCACCCCAGAGGUUUAUUUUUUCCCCCAACAGAAGGGAGGGAAAGAGGGAAGCCCCACAGAGUAUGAGAAUGCAGGAGCCCAUGCAGGUAAGGGGGAGUGGAGGGAGACACAUGAUGGCACAUAAGGAAAACAGCAGGAAGAAAUUCUUUACAAUGAGGGUGGUAAGAGACUGGAACAGGUUGCCCAGAGCGGUGGUGGAUGUCCCAUCCCUCGGAGCAUUCCAGGCCAGGUUGGUCAGGGCUCUGAGCAAUGUGAUUGAGUUGAAGAUGUCCCUGCUCCAGGCAGGGGUGUUUGGGCUAGAUGGCCUUUAAAGGUCCCUUCCAACCCAGACCAGUCUGUGAUUCUGUGAUUCUACUAUGUAUUUGCCACUCAGCACAAGCAAUGUCUUCUUGGGGGUUGUGGUGGUCCCAGCCCCAAUGUCCAUGGGUCAAGGAGUGGUCCAUCAAUACCUGUGGGGCUUGCUCCAGCAGCAGCAGAUUGAAGCAGCAUUAAAAAUAAUACCAAUAUUACUAAUAAUAUGGACAAGCAAAGCAAGGCUUUGCUGGUAAAACACACUGUAAGCCGGUCUGGUCUGUCCAGGCGUGAGCUGGGGGUGAAGCAGGGGGAGGAAGGGAGCGAUUGGGACGCUGGCCAGGUAGGCAGGGAAUGAGGAGCGCUUCCGAACCGCGUGUAUUCUUAAAGCCUAUGCGAAAGUAUUACUAUUUGCCUAAUGAACAAGCACAGUUUUUAAAAAAAACAAAACAAAAUAAAAAAAAAAACACACACAAAAAAACAAAAAAAAAAAAAACAAAAAAAAAAAAAAAAAAAACAACAAAAAAAAAACCUUUGGUGAAGAAAAGCACCAAACUCCCGUGGUCUCGUGUGAGUGACUGAUUCCAAGGUGCGUGCGAAUUUACAGCGUCUGGAGUUGCAUCAGUGUGUCAGGUUCCUUUACGUUUAAAUAAUUUGUACGAGUAGGUUGCGAUAAUAGGAUGAGUUUAAAAACAAAAUGAAACAAACCACAAAAAAUCUCUAGGAACAAAACAUUGAUAGUUUACAGGGUUUUGUGAGUUUAAAUGCCUUAUAUUUAACAAUCAUAAUUUAUGACUAACUUGUAGAUAUUGUGGGUUCUUAUUUAAUUAUUUUUAUAGUUGUUUUUUUGCAUUUUUAAUUAUAAUUUAUUUAUUUAGAAAUUAAUACUAAUUUUUUUUAUUACUCCUAUUACCUCAUUUUUGCAUUGUUUCUGGGAAUGGAAUGCUUUGCAUGCGUCGGUACUUUAAAAAAAAUUAAACAUGGGAUGUGGGGGGUAAUGCUUAUCUUGUCAAAAAAAAAAAAAAAGAGAAAAAAAUCAGGGUGUGUGAUUACAAACUGUAUUACUGUGGUGCUGUUACCUUGGAUACAUUCCAUAAAAAUGCAAACCUUUGAUUCUGUAUGCUGUGACAUAGUGGAAAACUGCAAUAUAGUGACUGUGUUUAGCACAUAUAUAUGAAUAUUAUUUGCACUCAUAAUCAAACUCUGGUGAUCCUUUCAUUUGUGUCCUUGCACAUUGAAGGUGAUUAACAGCGCUCUGCAAAACCAAAAUGUUUCGGUCAGUUUUUGCUACUGCCCUGUCCCUGAGGCUGCUGGGGAUGCUCCUGCUCUUGCUGCAUGUGUUACCCUGCAAUAAUACCCAGCGAGCCCCGGCUACAAGGCUGUGCUCGGGGCAAUGCAUGCAUUUAGUGCAAGACUCUGCAAAUUGCUUCAAAAGCCGAGGAAGAAAGCCCAGGCAUGGUGGUUCUGUCCAAUUUUUGGUGCCUAUUGGCGCUCAGGCUGGCUCUUUCCAACCUCUGUGCAUUCACCCCUGUGGGCACUGCAGGGAGGAUGAAGGAGGCAACUUGAGUUUGGAAGCAACAAAACUGAGGGAUUCACUGCAAUUUUUCAGGGUUGACUCCUGGCCUAACUGAGAGGGGCUGGGACGGACGCGGGCGCAAUUCGGCGUCCCUUUGUAACGUCUGGCCACCAGCGUUUGCCACGACCCAGCUGUGAAACGUCCAAGGAGCAGAAGCCCUCAAGGCUGAUCUUCUUGAUCAGCUGGUUUCAUCCCCACCCCCCCACCACCCCCGUUAAGGGGGAAACCUCAACCUGGAGAUUUGGGAUCCACUGUAGAGCUGGGGCCCGCACUGGAGCCCUCCUGUCCCCAGGGAGGGGGUCAGCCCCAAGCUGAUGUCUUGCUCCAGCAGCGGUGGCCAAGGACCCCCCACCCCUGCCACUCUCACAGCGCACUGCCCUUUCCCGAAAGGAUCCUGAGCAUCAAGUGCUCGAGCUUUGUAAGAACAUCGGAGCACUUUUGAUAGCAUUUUAAGCUUUAAGCCAUAACCGCCCUUGGUCACUGCAGAUGCUCGGCCACGUGUGGACAGAAGUGGGGUUCGAUGCAUGUGCUCAACCAGUGGCCGUACACGCUCCCCCCCCCCCCCCCAGAAAGGCUUUGGAUGCAAUUCUCUUUCAGGUUAGAAAGGCACAAAAUGACUGUACCUUAAUUUUUUUCUUCUCUGUCCCUUCAGGGUGCUGCUCUGCUUUGUUGACUUUGCCUUACCCUGGGUGUUAAACCUGUCUGUGUUGAUUUCCUUGCUGCUCUGUAACACUCCUCCCCUGUAGCCUGGAACUGCGGUUCUGAGCCAUGAGGGGAUGGGUGUCGGUUGUUUCCUCCCCCUCAAAGACACUGUAAAAGGGAUAAGUAAAACAAGGAACAAGCGAACAAAAAUCCUGUCCUUUAAUGACCGGGGCUGGUGAAAGGAUCACCCACAUUUUUGUACUCCUACUGCUGUUCUGUUGUGCUGUGCAACAUUUUGUUACAUAGACUAUUUUAUAGAAGAAAGUUAGAAGAAUAUUUAUUAUUAAUAUUAAAGCAAUAGUGCAUUGAAGAAAUAAAAAAACAUUAGAAAUUGUGUAAAUGCUUAGAUUCACUUUUGGUGGAUUUUUUGUACUUUAUUUAUAACUAAUAAAACAAACUGCAUUGCUAACUAUAAA